AUGGACCCGCAGCAACAGCAGCAACUGCUGCUGCUGGCAGAGGCCGCUGCAGGCUUGCCCGAUGCUCGUCAGGGCCCUGCAGUACAACAGCAGCAACAGCAGCAGCAACAGCGACAGCAUUCAAAGUUUGCUUUGCUAGUGGAGGCAGUACUUGCUGCUGCAAAGACCCCCCAGAAUGGCAACAACACGCAGUUACUGCUCCAGCUUGUGGACCUGCUGUCCACUGCUGUUGCCUUGCAGCAGCAGCAGCAAACCCCGAGUUCUGUAUUAACCCCAGGAGAAGUGGACAUUAUGUAUGCUGCGGUGGAGGCUGUUGCAAAGCAACAGCUCUUGCAGCAGCAAGUGCUACAGCAGCAGCUGCAGCAUCAGCACGGACACACUCUAGUGCAGGAACAGCAGCAGCAGCUGAGGCCUGGGGUGAAGGGACUGGCCCAAAGGGAGCAGCAACAGCAGGUACUGCAAUUGCAAAGGCUACAACAUUUGUCUGAGGGCGUAGAGUCACCGUGCUCAACUGCUGCUUUCACAGCAUCACUGGCAGCGACGGCAGCAAAUCAAGGAACAGCACUGCCGGCAAGCCCAGCAGCUCCUGAAGCAGCAGCGACGACUCAGCAGCAGCAGUACAAGCCCCUGCCGAUUCGCACGUUUCUGGAGGAUGUUUACAAGGGGCCCCUGCUGCCGCGACACACUGUGACUGCUUUGGCUUUCGGCAGCAGCAGCGAAAGUGACAGCGAGGAGAGGAAGCAAAAGAAGAGGAAGAAAGAGAGGAGAGUGAACGCAGCAGCAGCAGACGCCCUGUGGCACCCACAUUUUCAUCCGCACAACCAGGAAUUUCGUGUACGCUACCGCUACAAAGGCUCAAUGAGGCUAAAGACUCUGUCCUGUGCUCGAUUCGGGCGGGAAGGGGCGAAGCUGCUGACGGGGGCAUUUGUCGCCCGUUGGGAGGCAACUGGUCGCAAAGUGGCGGAGAGAACUUCACGCAGCCGACUCGCUCUUGCAGACCUCCCAGAAGACACCGCCCAGUUGCCCUCUUACGCCCGCAAACGCACUGACAGUAGCCGCCACCAUGCUGUGCACCGUCAGCAGCAACAACUGUUGCUGCAGCAGCAGCAAGAACUGCAGGAACAUGAGCAGCAGCAACUGGCGCUGCCUCAGAAUCAUUUGCUGCAGCAGAAUCCACCAGGCGUGCCUCAGCUAUUUGUGGGCUCAUUAGAAAGUGGCUGUAAUGAUGGGGCGGCAGCAGCAGGAGAUAACAGCAGUGGUGUGAGGUUUCCUCGUACGCAAGGCCCGCCGAGCUUAAAAGGGCCGCCGCGCGGUGGCGUCGCAGAUUCGCGGGGGAUGCCCAGCUGUACUUUGGAUGACUUGUCAGGCCCCUCUUCAGCGUCAGUACUGACGCCAUCAUGUUCUUCUGUCAGUGCAAAGAGCCCAGCUAGCCCUGAACAAUGCUCUCGCGAGGGUUUGGACACGAUGUGGAUUGGGGGCGGGGGGCCUGGGGCCCCGGGAGCGAUCCCGGGAGGGACCUUAGCGGGUUCCCCCUCGAACCUUACGGAUGAAUCGGCGAGGACUUUGCUGGCUCAGAAACGCCCAAAGCCCUUAGUGAGCUUAUCUAAGGAAUUAAAUGGCUCCCCUGCUGCUGCUGCUCCUGCUGCGAGUGGCAGCAACAAGCAAGCUUCCACUGCAGCGCCUAGUGACCCAAAGACCAACAACAGUGGCCUCAUUGAUCUGGGCCUUAAUACAGAUAUCCUUCAGUCGCUUCUUGGACUAGGGGCUCCCCAUGGAGGACCCUUGAACCAAGAUGGCCAGCCGUUGGGGGCCCCUGAGGGGUCCAAAGCAGCCUCACAGGCGGGGGCCACCUGGGCACUGCUCGCUCCUGUUCCCCCUGUGACUCCAACAACAAGCAGCACACGGGGGAGGACCCAGGACGGGGUGGAGAACGAUCUGCUACUGCAGAAGCAACAGAAGCUUGAGAGAGCUGCGUUGCUACCUCUCGAUUUGCUGCAGCAACUGGGACAAGGCGUCUCUCUUGCUGAGGAGACAGAGCAGCGGCAGCAACAGCAACAGCAAGAGCAAGGUGCUCUGAAGUUGCUGGAAGCUGCUGCAGCAGCAAAGUUGCGACGGCCAUGCAGCUCUGAGGAACUGACCCGCAUGUUGAAAGAGACCCCGGCGAAGCAAGGAGUAGUAGCUUUCAACAAGGUCAGGAGCCCAGCGCCAGCUGAGGAUUCGUCGCUCCCGCAGGAAACAGAGAAAGGUGGGUUACAUCGAGUUGUAUCUGUGGUAGGGAUGAGAUCUGCUGCCACUGCUGCUGCAAGUGGGAAAAGUGCUGCUGAUUCUUUGCCCCUAGGUGGGAGUUUUGCGGCGGACUUGAUCGGAGAACUGUUAUUUAAGGCCCAGAAAAGUAGGGCAGCUGAUGAAGCUGUUCCCAGCAGUGGCGGCGCAGGAAAGUUUGUCAGCUUUGGUCGCCUCUAG